UCCGCUUCCUGACUACGUCAUCACCCUGCGUCGGUACACGGAAACGUGCGUCCUGUAUGUUGUGUACGUAAAAGCAAAAUACAUCAUUAAAGCCAGACUUUACUUAAAUCUAGAUCAAGUGAAACAUUUUUAAGACGACAUGGAUGAUGAAGAAGAAACAUAUAGGCUAUGGAAGAUUCGCAAAACCAUCAUGCAGCUGUGCCAUGACAGGGGCUACUUGGUGACACAGGACGAGUUGGAUCAGACGCUGGAUGAAUUCAAAAGUCAGUUUGGAGACAAGCCCAGCGAGGGUCGACCCAGACGGACAGACCUUACUGUGCUGGUGGCUCACAACGAUGACCCUACAGACCAGAUGUUUGUUUUCUUUCCUGAGGAGCCAAAGGUGGGAAUCAAGACGAUUAAAAUGUACUGUCAGAGGAUGCAAGAGGAGAACAUCACACGAGCCAUCAUUGUGGUUCAGAUGGGCAUGACACCAUCAGCAAAACAGUCUCUAGUUGACAUGGCACCCAAGUACAUUUUGGAACAGUUUCUACAACAGGAGCUGCUAAUUAAUAUAACAGAACAUGAGCUUGUUCCAGAGCACAUUGUUAUGACAAAAGAGGAAGUGACUGAACUUCUAGCGAGAUAUAAGCUAAAGGAAAGUCAGUUACCAAGGAUCCAGGCUGGAGACCCGGUGGCCCGCUACUUUGGGUUGAAAAGAGGACAGGUAGUAAAGAUCAUCAGGCCCAGUGAAACAGCUGGGAGGUACAUCACAUACAGACUAGUGCAGUGACAGACAGGUGGACGAGAGAAUGGGACAGAGGAUGUCACACCUUGCAUCACUAAUCCAUGGAUUCUUCUUCUUUUGAUUUGUUUUCUUGUAAUUUGAGAUUUUGUAAAAUAAACCAUUCCACAUGGCA